GUGAGAUGACUUACUAAGUAUUAGUUAAGCCUAAUACGCAUAUAUUUUGGCUAAUAGUAAUAUUAAUUUACUGACAUAUUAUUUUGAGGAACGUCGGAAAUGAUCUGAAUUAAAGUCUUUCUACGAAUGGCCUGUACAAAGGACGUUCCGAACGUUGGCGGAUAAUUCCAAAGGAGUGGUGGAUAGUGCUUACUGGGGAUGGAGGUAGGUCUACGUGUGGUAAGAGGACCCGACUGGAAAUGGGGAAACCAAGAUGACGGUGAAGGUCACGUAGGCACAGUAGUGGAAAUCGGCAAACCAGGAAGUACGACUUCACCAGAUAAAACUGUUGUUGUUCAGUGGGACUCUGGGUCAAAGACAAAUUAUCGAGUUGGAUACCAAGGUGCUUUUGACUUAAGGGUCUUUGAUAACGCUCCAACUGGAGUCAAACAUCCCAACAUUAUCUGUGAUGUCUGCAAACUGCAGGGGAUUUAUGGAAUGAGAUGGAAAUGUGCUAGAUGUUUUGAUUUUGACCUUUGCACACAGUGUUAUAUGGCAGAUAAGCAUGACCUGACACAUCCUUUCCAGAGGUUUGAAAAUGCGGCUUCAGUUGGACAGGAAAUGUCAAAACGACAAGGUGCUGUAAAACUUCUAGUUCGAGGAAUAUUUCCUGGUGCAAAAGUUACAAGAGGGCCAGACUGGGACUGGGGCAAUCAAGAUGGUGGAGAAGGUAAAAUAGGUAAAGUUACUGAUAUUCGAGGCUGGGACAGCGAGUCAGGACGUAGUGUAGCUAACGUGACUUGGAAAUCAGGUUCUAUGAACGUUUAUAGACUAGGACACAAAGGAAAGGUGGAUUUGAAAUACGUACAGGAAUCAUCUGGGGGUUUUUAUUAUCGGGACCAUCUCCCUAUUCUAGGUCAAGUUGUUGAGGCAGUGGCUAGCAUAUCUCCUGCAUGUCAUCGGCCUCAAUUCAAUGUUGGUGAUAAAGUCAAGGUUUUAUUAGAUGUGGAGAACCUGAAAUUAGUACAAGAAGGGCAUGGAGGCUGGAAUCCACGUAUGGAAGAGGUUAUCAACAAAAUUGGAACUGUACAUCGUGUUACAGACAAAGGAGAUAUUAGAGUUCAGUAUGAGGGUUGCAACAAUAGGUGGACAUUUAAUCCUAGUGCACUGACUAAGGUAAAAGUUAAUAAAUCUCAUACUUUUAAAAUCCUGUUAUUUAAAGUUACAUCUUGUUCUUUAUUUUAUUUUUUAAACCAGGUGUUAGGUAAAACAGGAAAAGUAACUAAAAUCUAUUCUGAUGGGGAUCUUCGAGUAAAUGUUGAAGGUCAGACGUGGACAUUUAACCCUCUGUGUGUGACUUUGGUGCCAGGAUCAACAACAGAGAUGAACAACACAAUGACUGCCAACCAGAGAGAAGAGCACACUAAUCCUUUGCUGAGCCACCUGCUGGUAGAACAUCAACAUCACCACCUUGAGACCAGCAACUUUGAUCGUCUGGUGAGAGAGGCUGCUCAAGGCCAUCAGGAGACAGUUCAAGAAUUAUUGCAAAUUUUUCCUGAUAAGGUGGACCAGAAAAGCUCAGGGAAAACAGCUCUUCAAGUGGCAUGUCACCAAGGACACAUUGACAUAGUUAAGAUGAUACUAGCAGCUGGAGCUACCACAGAAAUACAGGAUGAUGAUGGGGACACAGCUCUACAUUAUUCUGCUUUUGGAAAUCAACCCGAUAUCAUGGAGCUACUACUUAAAGCCAAUGCUGAUAUUGAUGCAGUCAAUAAAGCUAGAUGCAGUGCAUUACAUGUUGCUGUGAACAAACAACAUAUGAACUGUGUGAAGGUUCUUCUCAGAUACAGGUGUAACAUUAACAUUCAGGAUUCAUAUGGAGAUACAGCACUUCACGACGCUAUUGGAAAGGACAGCCAGGAGAUUUUAGAAUUACUCAUUAAUGUGCCAGAAAUUGACUUCUCCCUCAAGAAUAAACGAGGAUUUAAUGUUCUUCAUCAUGCUGCAUUAAAAGGAAAUAAUUUUGCUACAGAACGCCUGAUAUUUAAGACCAGACAAAUAGUUGAUGUUAAGAAAGAUGAUGGUUUUGCUGCCCUUCAUCUAGCUGCCCUUAAUGGUCAUUAUCAAGUAGCAGAAACAUUACUUACACAAGGUCAGUGUGAAGUGGAUGUUCGUAACAACAGAAAGCAGACACCACUUAUCCUUGCUGUAAGCCAGGGUCACUGUUCACUGAUUGAGCUUCUUGUUUCUAUGGGAGCAGAUGUAAAUGCUGAAGAUGAAGAUGGUGAUACUGGUUUUCAUCUAGCCUUGAUUAGAAAACUUGUACCAAAACAUGAUGUGGAAAACUUUGAAUCUCCUUGUAUAACAAGUAUUUUAAGUCAGCUGGGGUCUGCAGGACAUGAAAGCAAUGUUGGACUUGCUAUUGCUUGUUUUCUGGCUCAAGAAGGAGGGGAUUUAAAUCAUAGAAAUCAGAAAGGGAAGACACCUCUUGAUUUAUUACCUGAUACUUCAAUGAAAGAUUUAGUUCGUUAUCACGCAACUCUAAAAAGUGCUCAAGCCAAGUCUCUGGGUUUGCGGGAAAAUCCAGAUGUUUCGUGCCCAGCAUCCGAGGCUACACCAUCUGCUGGCUCAGAGUGCUGGAUAUGUUGUGAAGUUUCAGCUUCAGUUUUGUUUGAGCCUUGUGGUCAUAAGGUAGCUUGUGAAGACUGCUGCUUACGAAUGAAGAAGUGUAUAUCUUGUCAAGAUGUUAUUCUUAAGAAAAUUGGGUUAGGUGGUCGGGUCAUUUCGUCAAAAGCUCGUCAGGCAAGUGUGGAGCGGUUACGGUAUCUUGAAACCAAAAUUCAAGAGAUUGAAGAGGCUCACUGUUGUUCUAUUUGUAUGGAAAGGAGAAGAAAUGUAGCAUUUCUUUGUGGUCAUGGAGCUUGUGUAAAAUGUGCUCAGACUCUGAAGACUUGUCACAUGUGUCGGAAGCCUAUCACAAAGAAAAUUAACUUGUACUAAAAGCUGUAUUGCAGCUAAGAAGUGCCAUCUUUGAAAAUAUUCUUGUCACUGUUUUGGAAGAAUAGCAGGGAAACCUGACAAACUGUGCCCUCAGCAUAGGGUUAUUGGAUAUUAACACAUAUAAUUUCAUACUGUGCGUAUGUUUUUGUCCCAUCUUUUUCUAACUUAUGUAUAUAUUUAGUUUUUUUGGUAAUUUUCGAAAAGUUCUGACUUAUUCUGUGUUUUGAAAAUUGUCUAAGCACAUUUUCUAUUACUGUUUGAAUUUUUGGUGGUCAAAUUGUAGAUUUUAUUGUAAACAAGAAAUAUAUAUAUAUACAUGUGUGUGUGUGUGUGUAUUUUUUAAAUUAAGCCUACAAGAGACAGUCUCUUGGAGGUCUGAUUAUAAACACACAAGUUCUUAAGAUAAAAAUUUCUGUGUGUGUAUGUAUAAGCAUACCUAUAUCAGGACCUGACUAAUUUUUUUAAAUCACUUAAUUCGUAGGCAGAUCAAGCUAGAGAUUUGAACUGCCAUCUAUAAUGAUGGUACUUAUAUGCAAAAAUAAAUCAUUAUAUUAGGGAGACGGUUUUAAAGGCAGAUUCUUUUAAAGAAUCUCCAAAUUGUAAUUAAUUCUUAAUACAAAAAUUAUCUCGGGUGCUUCGUGAUAUGCAUUUAUUCUUUUGAAAGUUUCUCCUACGUUACUUUUUUUUUUUAGUAUUUGAAACAAAUACGUCUAACUCCCUAGUAACUUAAUUCCUAACAAUAUUGAUUCCUUUCCCUAUCUUUGGCUUUUAUUUGGAUGAAGAAAGUCAUAUAACAAGUGUCAAAUAGAAUAUUUUAUUUACUUUCCUUACAAAUUAUUCUGUUUGGAUGAAUAAAGUUAGACUUGGUUGGUUGUAAAAGUUAUGAAAAAUUUCAGUUGAAUUGGUGUGUUUUCAAAUAAAUAUAUAACAUUCAAUAUUUUAUGAAAAUGUACAUUUGAAAACAUUAUUCUGUAUUAUAAUUUUACAAUAACUGAUACUUCAUAAAAAUAUAUAAAAUGUACAAAUAUUAACUUAUGGAUUGUCAUGAAAACUUGCUCAGUGACUAAGUGGGAAUUAUUUAUGAUUUGUCUAAUUGAUGAUAACAUUCAAGUGGAGUUGGGUUUGUCUUUUCCUGAUAUUUGUAUAUAUAAUUGUAGCUUUAAGUAACUAUAUUUCAUUGAAAAUGUUAGUAAAUUUGUGUGCUGUUUA